GUACUCUAAGAAAGAUAAGGUCAGGUUUAGGGUUUGAGAUAUGGCUUCGAAAAGUUCUCAUGCAUCACUUGCCCUCUCUUUUGGACUCGACAUUCUCUUCUUUUCCCUAGUCAGUGCUAGUGGCUACUGCCCUCCCCCCAAGUCAAAACCAAAUCCCACACCCUCCCCAUCUCCAUCUGGAGAAGGCAAGUGCCCUAGGGAUGCCCCUAAAUUAGGUGCAUGUGCUCAUCUGCUUGGUGGUUUGCUCAACGUCACCAUUGGUACACCACCCGUACAGCCAUGCUGUUCCCUCAUCCAAGGCCUUGCUGAUCUUGAGGUUGCUGUUUGCCUCUGCACAGCAAUCAAAGCUAACAUUUUGGGCAUCAACCUUGAUAUUCCAGUUUCCCCAAGCUUGCUUCUCAACGUCUGCCCCGAGAAAGUUCCCUCCGACUUCCAAUGUUCCUAAUCACUAAUUCUCUCCUUGGUGUUGCGUGGUUUUGAAGUUCUAAAUUUCUAUUACGUACGUGAUCAGUGUUUAAUUAUUGGUAACUUGUUGUGAUGUUGCUUGCUUCUGGAUUGAUACGGAAUGAGUGUAAUACGUACCUUUGUUCAAGUGUUUUCUUUGGCUUCAUGCAUCUUUAAGGGAAAUGAAAGACCAGUAUAUAUCAUUCAGCUUGUUUAUUUUAAUAAACCAACAAUUUAUCCUUCCAGAAUCCAUAGAGAGUGAAAGAAUAUUGUCUAAUUUCUCAAUGUUUCUCAUGCUAUAUAUGCUACAAUAUUUGGUCUGGUGACACGAUAGGAAGGGCUAUAUUGCGUGUCAAAUCAUUCUUUCUCUUGUUUAUUUUGUUGAAAAUGAUCACCUGGUCUUGUCUCUCAAUGUCUUACUGCAAGCCCUAACAAUAUUUAGUAAGCCUACGUUGUUAUAUCAAUUAAUAGUUAAUAUGAUCUACAAACUCUAAUUAAAAUGGGUCAAACCAUAUUCAUGGGCAAUGAAAUAGUAUGGAAUGUAACACAUUUAAUAAUUCAUAAAGUAUAAGAAUUCUCAAAACCUAGUAAUGAAGCACCGUUGCAGAAUGGAAAAAUAUAAUAAUAAAGAAAAAGAAAGGAAAACAUACGUGGUCGCAUAUCAAUGCUGGUUUGGAUUUUCUAAACUGUUGACAACAAUCAGGUGGGGCAUGUAAGAGUGCCCAAACUAGGGGCAUGAAAGAACCCACAACUGAAAUAACAUAUAUCCAUCUACUCAUCUAAUAUGACUCCAUGUUAUAACAAAUGAGACCUAUCUCUUCACCAUAAUACAACAGUGUCAGAGCAAGUGCACCUGUCAGUCACUCAGUUACCGAAAGCUACAUUAUCUAAACCAAUCAGAAAGGUGAACCCCCGUCAAAAACAUUCACACAGAGGCAAAUCUCAGAAACAGAGCACCAUCAAUGCUCCCCGAACAUUAAACUGCUUGCCUAUUUGGAAACAGCUUCAGAAGACAUAUUUACACAAAUGAUGAGUUAUCGAUAUUAGAAUUUAAAUCAGCUGUCUAAAGCCCUUCUAAUAAACAAAAUGGACAAAUUGUUCAGCUUUAAGUGAUUGUUUGGCCAUUCAUUCUGUAACACAAAAUGAACAUAGUGUUCUACUUCAU